AUGGAUUCUAUCCGCGCCAGGGCCGCUGCUCGUCGCUCUAAUAGAUUCCAAGCCGGCUCGAACAUUGGCAAUGGAACUGCCGACGUGGAGUCUACCAACUGGGCAGGCGCUGCUAUCACAACUUCAGGCAUUACCGAGGUCACCGGCACCUUCACUGUUCCCCAGCCCAGCGUUCCAGCUGGCGGCAGCUCUCGCAAUGAAUACUGUGGUGCUGCAUGGGUAGGAAUUGAUGGCUACUCUGAUGCCGAUCUCAUCCAGACUGGCGUCCUCUGGUGCGUCGAAGGUGGUGAAUACUUGUACGAAGCCUGGUAUGAGUAUCUCCCCGCUUCAUUGGUCGAAUACUCGGGAAUUUCUGUCAGUGCUGGAGAUGUUGUUACUGUUACUGCCACCAAGACUGGCACUAACAGCGGAGUCACGACGUUGUCGAGCGGUGGAAGGACUGUAUCCCAUACCUUUUCCAGGGAAAGCUCGCCCUUGCCCGGUACAAGCGCUGAAUGGAUUGUCGAGGACUUCACCUCCGGCAGCUCAUUGGUUCCAUUUGCUGACUUUGGGUCUGUUACCUUCACCGGAGCAAGCGCCCUCAUCAACGGAGCAACUGUUUCACCAGGCAGCGGGUCUGCGGUUAUUAUUGACCUUGAGGAUUCGAGAGGAAACAUCAUAACUGGAACAAGCGUCUCUGGCAGCUCGGUGACUGUCAACUACGAAUAA